UGUACAGAACUCGAUGUUCCAUGUGAUUUUUCCCCGUAUAUAUCGAACGCAGGGAAAACUCUCGCAGUUGAUAUACAAGCGUAAAAUAAGUAGAAGAAGAAGAAGAGGAAAAAACAGUGGUAGUAGUAGUGAAAGAAGGUGUCAAGUGAUAAGUGUCAUUGUAUGUUAUUUGUACUUAGUAGUCAUCGACAGUAGAUGAACGUAUUGCCAUCAACUACAACGUAUGGACUUGAAUGAUUGACUUUCAAAACGAUUUUGCAAUUAUAAUACAAGCAGGAAACGGCGACCUUGUACACAAACCCGGUAAACAAAAAUUUUCUACAAACAGAAAUGGAGGACAUGGGAAUUGCGAGUGAUGAAAUAAAUAUCAAUGGAAGAGGAUUAUUAAUAAAUUUUUCUUCCAUUUCGAAUGAAAACUUUGGGGAUGAUUGACGAGUUCCACAUGAUGCUUAGAAAAAGAAAAAUAAUCAAUCAUGUACGGAUUAAUCCUGGAGAAUUUGUCCGAGUACAUCAGACAAGUUUAUGGCGAAGAUCGAUGGGAAGAGAUCCGUCGAUUGGCGGCGGUGGAACAACCCAGUUUUAGUGUUCACCAGGUUUAUCCUGAAAAUCUCAUUCCGAGAUUGGCCAAAAAGGCAAUUCAGGUCCUCGGUAUAACGGAGAAAGAAUUUUUCGACCAAAUGGGAGUGCAUUUUGUCGGUUUUGUAAGUCAAUAUGGAUAUGAUCGUGUUCUUUCGGUUCUCGGUAGACACGUAAGAGAUUUUUUGAAUGGCCUCGACAAUCUUCAUGAGUAUCUUAAGUUCUCUUAUCCCCGAAUGAGGGCGCCUUCUUUUAUUUGUGAAAACGAAACUCGACAAGGUUUAACUCUACAUUAUAGAAGUAAACGACGUGGUUUCGUCUAUUACACAAUGGGACAAAUAAGGGAAGUUGCCCGACAUUUUUAUCACAAGGAAUUGAAAAUUGAACUCGUACGUGAAGAGGUUCUAUUCGAUACGGUUCACGUUACAUUUCAAUUGACCUUCGACAAUCGAGCUUUUACAUUAGCCUCUCUUGCCAUGACUCGCGAAGAAAAACACCUGCCAAUAGGAGCUUCGGUCUUAUUUGAGAUUUUUCCCUUUUGCAUAGUCUUUGGAUCGGACAUGGUUGUAAGGAGCAUCGGUAAUUCCUUAAUGGUUAUUCUACCCGACCUACUUGGCAAGAAAAUUACCCACUGGUUUGACUUGGUGAGACCACUAAUCGCCUUCAAGUUUCAAUCGAUUUUAAAUAGAACAAAUAACAUUUUUGAGUUGGUAUCAGUUGAACCAGUUUUGACUGAACGACCAUCGGACAGAAAAAAUAAUCAUAUCAUGAUGAGUGACGAGCAUGAUUCGCAAGACGAUAAAACGUUGCGAUUAAAAGGUCAAAUGAUUUACAUGGACAACUGGAAAAUGAUGAUGUAUUUAGGAACACCGGUUAUGCCUGAUCUUAAUGCUCUAAUAGCCACUGGACUCUACAUAAAUGAUCUCUCAAUGCACGACUUUAGCAGAGAUCUAAUGUUAGCCGGAACACAACAGUCAGUAGAAUUGAAAUUAGCAUUAGAUCAGGAACAAUUAAAAAGUAAAAAACUUGAGGAAUCAAUGAGAAAACUUGAUGAAGAAAUGCGACGAACUGAUGAACUUCUCUAUCAAAUGAUACCAAAACAAGUGGCUGAUCGUUUGAGAAAUGGAGAAAGUCCCAUUGAUACUUGCGAGAUGUUUGACAGUGUCUCCAUUCUAUUCUCGGAUGUGGUUACAUUUACGGAAAUUUGCAGCCGAUUAACACCAAUGGAAGUAGUGUCAAUGUUGAAUGGCAUGUACUCACUAUUUGACACUCUAACGGAACGAAAUCGCGUGUAUAAGGUUGAAACUAUCGGCGAUGCUUAUAUGGUAGUAUCAGGAGCUCCAGUAAAGGAAAAUGAUCAUGCUGAUAGAGUUUGUGAUAUGGCUCUUGAUAUGGUUGAGGCAAUAACAGAUCUAAAGGAUCGUUCUACUGGUCAACAUCUUCAGAUAAGAGUCGGGAUUCAUAGUGGAGCCGUUGUCGCUGGUAUAGUAGGUCUAAAAAUGCCACGCUAUUGUCUUUUUGGCGAUUCUGUAAAUACUGCGUCAAGAAUGGAGGCAACUAGUGAAGCAAUGCAAAUUCAUAUUUCACAAUCGACUAAAGAACUUUUAUCACCUUCUUAUAAAGUUAGGAAACGUGGUGAAAUUCAAGUAAAGGGAAAAGGUACAAUGAAAACUUAUUGGUUGGAGAAAAGAGAAUCUCGAUCGGUUACAACGAAAGGAAUUUCAAUUCAAGAACCACCUCAAUGGGUCAAUAAGGGAUUGGAAGAGAGACCUCCGGUCAGUAUUGCAUGUUUACAAAGAAAUUGCACGGAAUUGUCAUCAUCGUCGAGAAGGGAAUCACGGCUUUCAUCGCCGGUUCCUCAAGGAUCUCCUGGAUUAAUACCGGAUGAAAGGAGAAUUUAUUCACCUGUUACUUUUCAGGAUGUUGCACGACGUUCUGUUGCCAAUUCGCCUACGAAGAAUAACGACAUGAGAGAGACACGAUCCAAUUCUGUGGGUGCAGUUUCCAUUUCUUUUCGCAAUCCUACCGAUGUCUUUGGAUCACUUCUCAGUGAUACCGAGGAGCACUUUCGAUUACAUAGAAAUAGUCUUUCCGUUCAUGGACAAUCGACAGCGGGAGUUCACGUGAAACCGGAAGUAAAAGUAAGUGCCGAGACAAGUUCAUCAUCUGAUGCUUCACGUGACGAUGCAACAACGUCAUCGGCAUCGAAAACAAUGGAAGAAACAAGUAAUGAUUGUUCCACUGCCGCUGAAAGUGAUCUCAGCAAUUCACAACUUCUCGUUAGAGAGGGUCAAUGUUGUCCAGGAUUUGCCAUGACAAAGAGUGGAAAAAUACGUCAUCCAAAUAAUAAUUGUGUCAUUUCAUAAAAAAAGAAAACAAAACUUUUAAAUUUUAGUAUUACUUAUGACAAUUUUCAGAUGGUUACUUUGAACAACUGUUUUUUCUAUUCUCGUUUCGAAGUUUAAAAAAAAAACUUCUCAACUACUUCCAUUUUCUAAAAAAAUAUUUCUCAUAGGAAAAAAAAUUUUUUCACGACUGAUUUUUCAGAAAUUUUUUUCAUUGUCAUAAUAACUAGUCAAUAAUUUGUAUAGUGUCAUCUAAAAUAAAUCGUCUCAUUGUUUAAAUGUAGUGUUUCGAAAAAAAUGCAAUAACGAAAUUACAAUUUCACAAAAAAGUGAAUAAUAGCGCAAUCAAAUUUAUAAAUCAACAUAUG